AUGGGCGACCUCACCAACAAGAAGAAGCGUUACGCCAUCGUCGGCACCGGCGGGCGUUCCAGCUUCUUCUACACCGCAAUCGCGCAAGAUUACAGCAGCACAUCCGAAAUCGUGGGCCUCUGCGACGUCAACCAGACGCGCAUGAACUAUGCCAACUCCCGUCUCGAGUCCCUCGGCCAUGGCGCCGUGCCGACCUACCCCGCCGCCUCCUUCGACAAGAUGAUCGCCGAAACGAAGCCGGACGAGGUCAUCGUCACGACCGUCGACCGCACGCACAACAUCUACAUCGUCCGCGCCCUCGAGCUCGGGUGCAACGUCGUCACCGAGAAGCCCAUGACCAUCGACGCGCCGCGGUGCCGCGAGAUCUUCUCGGCGGUCGAGCGCACGGGGAAGAACGUCAGGGUGACGUUCAACUACCGCUACGCGCCGCAUAACACCAAGAUCUUUGAGAUUAUCAAGUCGGGAAAGAUUGGGAAUGUGACGAGUGUGCAUUUCGAGUGGAUGCUCAACGAGAAUCAUGGUGCGGACUAUUUCCGGAGGUGGCAUCGGGAUAAGCGCAACUCGGGCGGUCUGCUGGUGCAUAAGUCGACGCAUCAUUUUGAUCUUGUGAACUUCUGGCUGCAGACGAGACCGCAAACGGUAUAUGCUCAGGGAGAUCUCAAGUUCUACGGUCGAGAGAACGCGGAGAAGAGAGGCGUAACGAAGUUUUACUCUCGUGCCCACGGAAGCGAGGCGGCGAAGGAUGAUCCGUUUGCGUUACAGUUGGACCAGAACCCGCAACUGAAGGCAAUGUACCUCGACGCUGAGCAUGAGGACGCGUAUUACCGCGACCAGAGUGUGUUUGGGGAUGGUAUCAGUAUUGAGGAUACGAUGAACCUGCUCAUUCGGUACCGGAACGGCGCCGUAAUGACGUACUCGCUGACGGCGUAUGCCCCAUGGGAGGGAUUCCGCGUCAACUUCAACGGUACCGGCGGACGACUCGAGGUUGAGGUUGUGGAGAAGAGUUAUGUCAACUCUGGCGGAAGCCAAGCGUUGGAAGGUGCCAUUGAAAAGAGGACGAUGCUGUUGCGGCCGCUAUUUGGACCUCCUCAAGAAAUCGACCUGGGUGAGGCCAAGGGUGCACAUGGCGGUGGUGACCUCGUCUUGCUGAGGGACUUGUUUGGCGAGCCGGUGUCAGACGAGUACACGAGAGCGGCCAGCCAUGUUGACGGCGCCGCGUCCAUUUUGACGGGUAUUGCGGCGAACCGAUCCAUUGCGACGGGACAGGUCGUUAACGUCGACGAUAUUUUGGUCGUUCCUGACAAAUGA